CGCACAAAAACCGACGAUGAUAACAGUACUACCGGUACUUUUAGCGUUGAUCCGUUAUCAGCCAUAAUUAUAAAUUUAAAUCAGUUAUUUUAAAAGAAAUAUUUUUUUUGGUUUAUUUUUAAUUCAAUUUUUUUGGCUGAAAAUGGGUGUAAAAAAUUCAAAAACUGUCUUUUUGGAAGUCUUGGAGAGUCAGAGAAACGUGAACAGUGACUGUGAUGUGAAUUUUUUUGACGGUAGUGAUUGUGCUAUUUUGAAUAGUUACGAUAAAGAACUGAUCAGUAUAAUUAAAAAUGAUCUGGACAAUGAUCCCGAGAUGUUUGUGCUGAACAAUGUGCUGAUGUGCACGGUUUUUCACAAGAAUUACAAGCAGGAUGUCUACGAAUCUCUAAUCUCAAUCCAACGAUCCCAGUCCGAAUUCCUGGAACCAGAUGUCAUCAUGGAAACAGUAAACAACAACAUAACCUACCAACCCAUCCAUGGACCAAACAAAAAUACCUCAGAACCCUUGGUAACCAAAAGACUGUACGUACCAAUGAACAAGUACGUCGAAAUAUACGACCCCAUGAACCACGAUGCUUUGCCUUCUCAAAAACCUGGAAAAUUCCACGUUAUGAUCGAUAAAACCAAACCAAACAGAAAAGGCUUCGUCAAGUUGAAGGAAAUGAAGAACUUAAACGACAUAGACAUUCAAACACCGAAAGAUGAACAUUCUGCAUCAUCUAGCAGUAACUCAGGAAGCAGUGAUACUGACUCAUCAGAAAACAACUCAACAGAAGAUCCAUGUCAACUAAUCAAAGACCAGGAAGAAGACUAUCGAUUUCAAGAUUGUCUGGUAUACAGAAAAACGAAAAAAGAAGACAUCGACAUCAUCCUCGAUGAGCUGGACCACGAAAACCUCUCUGACACUGACGUUUACGACGUAGUAGGUUAUCUGAACUCACGAACUUUCAUGAAGUUCUUCCAGAGCAAGAUAUUCAAAAACUUCAUGGCAAAACAUUUCGGGAUGAUUCAAAACGAAAUAGAUGAUGCCUAUGUUCUUCAGCAGUCACCUGGCAAGAUUUUCUGUAGUAUCCUGGAUAACAACAACAAUAAAAGUCCAGUAGAAGUGAUACCUUGCUUAAAAAUACCCUGGCCUGAAAGGGAAACUUUUGAUUUUCUGAAUCUUGACGAUUCAGAGAUGUACUCAAACCCCGCCAUACUCAGAAAGUUCAAAACGUUCGAUUGUGUGUUAGUUCCAAGAGGGUACUCUAAGAAACCUGGAGAGUAUCCAGAAGGGGAUCUGGAGUGGGAAAUACACUUCCCUUAUGCCGAGAGAUUGUUAGAAUGCAUGCUCAGACCAGAACAAAUCAAAUGUUACAUGGUUCUUCUGGCUUUGCACAAAGAAUACAUUGAAACCUUCACGAAAAAAAGAGGUGUCCUGCCUGAGCAUCUACUAACUGUAAUUCUGCAUGAAUCUGAGAGACACUACGACGGAUGGCCUGACCAUCGUUUGGGAACAAAUUUACGAAAUAUCUGUAAGAAAUUCUCCUUGGCUUUACAGAACAGGAAACUGAACGACUACUUCAUCAGAAGGAAGAACUUGUUUAAGAAUGCUUCCAGAAAACAUCUAGAGGUAGCUAACGAAGUGUUCCAUAAUAUUCUUCAAUCGCCUUUGAUGAUGAUAUUGAGAGCACUCCGAAACAUUCGAUAUACCAACGAAAAUUAUUAUUCUCCCUUGGACUAUGAAGACUUGCUGAAAAUUUUGUACCGGCGUGAUUGGGAGAACUUAAACAUAGUGGGUGUUCCUAGUGAUAGGAAAUCGUUCAGUUCCCAAGACUCGGUUCAGAAGAAGCCUAUGUUUGAUGAUGCGGAGAAACAGUUGAUAUACGUGAAGCAUAUGAAGAUGAAGCAUAUUAUGGAGGGGAAGAAUGAAAAAAAGGAGAAGAAGGUCAAGAAAUCUAGUUACAGUGUGAUGGAAGUAAGAAGAUCUUCAAUAGACAGUAUCAAAGACGAUUGGCAAUGUGAGAAAUCCUUCCAUCGACAAAAGAAAAUAGCCCUAUUGAAGUUUUUCAUCAAAAAUUUUAUGGAAAUUGCCAAGACUAGCUGGAAGAUCAGCACCAAAAAGCAAACCCUAUUCUACGUGAAACAAGCAUAUUAUUUGGCAACGAUAUUGAAAGAGGAAAAUGAACUCUUUAGAGAAGAAGUAGAUCAAACUUUUGAGGAACUAAGGAAAUUAGAAGAGCAGUGUAUAACUGGUAUAGAAGAAUGCGGGGUAAAAUUCGAAGAAAGUGAAGAAAUGAUACGUGAAAGUGUGAGUGAAUGUGUGAAAUGUGAAGUUCACUGUGAAGACAAUGCUGAUAUUUAUAUGGAUAUUCAACAACAGAUAAAGGAAAGAAAUACAAACUUAAUAUCUUUAAGUAAAAUUUAUUCUAGAGCUUUUAGUUAUAAUAGUAAAAGUAUGGAAGAAAUAAAUGAAAUAAGGUGAUAUUCACUUCUCAAAUAUUUUAAGAAAAAAUUCUAAAUUUAGGGCUAGUGAUUCCAUUUUUUUAUAAUUCACUGUUUCUUUAAAAUGGGUUAAAAUUAUUAUCAUUUUGCUUGUGACAUUCUUGUGAAACAGUGUAUUUUUGUGAAAAAUCUGUGAAAAUAAAACAGUUUGUUUACAUUUUGCUUGUAUAUGAUGGGUCUAAAGAAAACAAACAAUAUAUACAUGAUUUAUGCACUUAUACGAUCAUUUAUAUGUCCUUCGGCCAAAAUGAACUGUAGAACAGCCAAA